AUGGAGUGUCUUUCGUGUGGGCAUGUCUCCAAAGAUGAAGCCCCCAAGUUCUGCAGCCAGUGUGGACAGAGGCUGCUUCCUGCAGCCCCCGCAGCCGAUUCUGAGAACAACAAUCCUGAGGUGGCAUCAGACCUUGAGGGAGAGAUGGAGCAUGGACAGGAGCUGAGGGAGGAUGGUGGCUCGCUCUUCUCCCCGGGCUCAAGUCAUCUCCCGCAGGAAGAUCUGGAUGAGCCCCCUUCCAGCGUCUCCUUGGCCUGCCGAAGAAGCAAAAGGAAGAGAGGAAAGAAGAGCAAGAACCAGAAUGCCUCCACUUCCGCAGAGCUGGACUCCUUGUUGGAGGCCUCCUCCAUCCCCAGUAGUGUCAGCUCUCUUGCAAACCCCAGCUCCCAGGACUCAGCCCCACCCCAGAGCCGGGCUCCGCAAGGUGGUCCGACCCGCCAGCCAAGCCAGCCCCCGGGCGCCACCCCGAUGCCACCGGAGGGUGGUGACCGCCCAGAGCCCGUGGGGCAUGUCGAGGCUGGUGGCAGCCCUCUGCAGGACCAGCCCGGGGGAGGUGCCCUCCUGAACGGGAAGAACCAUGACACCCCCGAGCCCUCCCAGGGCAGAGGCCCCCCCCAGGAGGGGGCUGGCACAGCCACCUCUGCCAGCAAAGACUGUCCUGGCAAGGAAGGUGCUGCUCAGGAGCUUCUGCCGCCUGAGUCCAAGCGGGGCUCUGAGCCCAGGAAAGAACCACAGACUGCCGCGCAGCAGGCCGGGGCCCAUGCCUCUGGGGAAAUUGCUGCUGCAGCCCAGCCGGCUGAGCCCGUGGGAGGGGCUGGGGAAAAAGUGAAAGCCAAGACUCAGAACAAGAAACAGCCACCAGCAAGCGCCCCUGCUUCUCCAGAACACCGCCAGGAAGCUGAAACCAAGAAGACAGCCAUUACUGGAGACAAAGCAGGUGGAAGUGAGAAGGCCAAGCCAGAGGGUCCGAAGAAGCCAGAAGGGAAUAACAAGAGUCGUGUGACCGCGGUGAAAAAUGAGAAGGAGCAACAGAACCGCAAAGCCGGAGCAUGUGAAGUGAAGGAGAGCCCACUGAGUCAGCAGGAGAGAAUCACGGUGUACUUCCAUGCAAUCAUCUCUAAGGAUUUCAGCUUCGACCCCAGCCUCCACAAAGUGUUCGUCAAGGGGGGAGAAGAAUUUGGGAAGCCCAAGUGGAGUUUUAAUGUCUGUGAGAUGCACUGCACCAAAGACCUGCAUGAGAACGGGUUCCUCGUGGAAGGCAGCGCUGUCCUGUCCCGGCAGCACCUGAAUAAACCCAUUCCUUACAAGUACGUCAUCAUACGCAGCAAGGGCCACAUGGAAUAUGAGUACAUCUACAAACAUCAGCAGAGUGGCGAGCACGUCAACCGCUGCCUGCAGGUGGUGGCUGCGCUUCUGGGCUCGGGAGUCUGGCACCAGUAUGAUGAUGUGGUUCGUAUGAGGUGCCCGGGGAUGCUUCAGAGGAUGAUGAAUCCUCUGACGGACGGUAUAAGGAAGGACGUGGUGAAGGGGAAGCAUAUCGCAGCCACCAUCAUGCUGGACAGCAUCUUCAGCAUCCUGCAGACCUGGAACGCCAUCAACCUGAAGAGCUUUUUCACCCAGUUCCAGCAGUUCUAUGUUGUCGUGAAAGUGCCCAUGAUCUACGAGGGCCAGGCACAGCCCUGGCACGCUCUGCAGUACGAUGAGAAGGAGGUGAAGAGAAACCUGUGGGAGUAUUUGAAAAAACAAGCGGUGCCAUUUCUGGAAAUAAGUGGGGGCCCUCUGCCUGAAGACUGCCCAGUGAGGAGUAAAUUGAGAAUGGGCCUGAUUAUCCUUUUUGCAGUGGAAAAAUUUGACAUUCCCUUAUCAGAGAAUGACCUGAUGUUGCUCUGUAGCCUUCUUUGCUCGACCGCCGGUUCACCAGGUGACCUUGACAGUGACCUAAGGCACAUCUUUGGAAUAUGUGACAGCUGGCGAGAGUUCUUGGUCAACUUGUGCCGACGGUGCAUAGUGAAAACAGUGGACCUCUGGGUGCUCACCCUGCCCGUCCUGCACCACUGCCUGCUGUCAUCCCCUCAAGGAAGGGACUGCAGGAAGCAGCCUGAGGACACCUGGGCGGCCCUGGAAGGAAUCCCCUUCUCUGAGUUUCGGGAAAGAAGGCUAGAUCAGACACAGUUAGUUCAGCUCAUGGGAGAGCAGAGCCAUUUGCUGUACGUAGAUGCGUGUCUGUUCCGGUCCUGGUUCAGUCUGCUGCCUCUGAGCAACUUGGUUUCCUAUAUGAAGAACCUCAUGGACUAUCUGAGUCACUUCCCAGCUUGCAUCCUGGACUGCCUUCUAGGGACGUGGUACCGGCUUCAAGAGUUCACAGAAGUCUUUGGCAAAACUCUGGAGAACAUUGAGGAAAUGUUUCAAAUGCUGUUGCACCUCCUGGAUAUUUAUCAGGACAAGAUUCUUGAGGAGCCCUUGAUACAGUCCUACUUGACUGUGUGCCUGAGACUUCAUGAAACUAUCUGCAGAAUCACAAAAGACCAAAAGUUUUAUGAGCUGCCUGCCUUAUCUGCUGAGAUUGUUUGCAGAAUUAUUACACUUAAGCCUCUAGUGGAUUCAGCCGAAGGGCCGAGAAAGGAAGCCGGGAAGAUUUCUGUGCAAACAGUGUUCCAGUGGACAGUCACCUGGACAAGAGCUUGGCUUCAGGACAUUUUCCAGGAGAGCAUCUUUUAUCACUUCUACUUGUCACCUGUCAUGUUCAGAUACCAGGAGGAAAUCAAGGUCUGGAGACGGCUGGCGGAAAUAAGCUUCCCCGUGGAGUAUGGCUGGAAGGAGUUCUUGAUGGGGGACUUGGAAGGGAGAAUCAAACAGGAGAAGCCUCUCGUCCAGAUCUCCGCCUUCUGCAGCCCCCACUGGGAUGCCACGGGCCUAGAGGACAGCGUGUCGAAAUGCUUCGAGAAGUGUGUCAUUGAAGCAGUGAGCACAGCCUGCCGGUCUCAGACCAGUAUUCUUGAGAGAAUCUCUUCUCAUGACCUGCGGAAAUUUGGCACUCUUGUGUCGGCUGUGAUCACUAAGUCCUGGCCGAGAAACAACGGGGAGGCCGUAGAUGACCUGGAUGAGGUUUUAAAGCACCUGCUCACAUGGCCGGACAUCAAGCAUCUCUUCAGGUUGUGUGGAACCGAUGAGAAGAUAUUAGCCAAUGUUACUGAGGACAGCAAGAGGCUGUUGGCUAUCGCCGACUCUGUGUUCACGAAAGUCAGUGGGGACCUCCUGAAUGGCACCAUUUUAGUUGGACAACUGGAGCUCAUCACGAAGUGCACAGUUCGGUUUCUGGAAAUCUGGCAGAUAAAGAGAAAAGGUCUUUUACCCCAAGAGAAAAAGCACAACAUGAAGGAAGUGCUGGACUGGAGAGAGGAUGAGCUGAAAUUUCUGAUGAGAGAGAAGACAUGUGUGGACAGUCUCCUGAGGUUGUGUGAGCAGGUGAAACAUCUGAUAAAAGUGGAUGUGGAAGAGAUGGCAGAAAGACACUUGGAAGAUCUCGGCAGUAAAAGACUGAGUGACGCCGUGACAGUGAGGUUGUCACCCAGCUCCCCGGACGUGAAGAGGACAACGCAUUACAACCUGAGCCCCCAAGUCCAAGAGAUGGCCGAAAAGAUGGAGCAGCUAAAGGAGAGCCACAUCUUCCAGGUCUUCUGGGAAGACGCCGCAGAAGUGCUGAGUGAGCCCGAGGAAGAGCUGGAAAGGCAGAUUUUUCAGCCUGAGGAGGCCUAUGGAUAUCUGUUUCUCCCUUGUUUCAAGAGGUUUAUGAAACUAUAUGAGGAUCUGAGGUCAGGAGAGAUCACCUUUCAGGAGGUCGACACCACCUUCAAGGACUUUGUGAAUAACUACAGCCGCCUCGACACCGAACUCCGUCUUAUGUGUGUCCUGGACCCCAGCGACCAACAGGACUGGAUCAGGGAUCGCGUUGGGCAGAUCAGGGAGUACCAUCACCUGAACCAGGCUGUCAGCUCAGCCAAGGUCAUCUUGAAGGUCAAGGAGAAUUUGGGCCUGACCGGUGACUUUGGUGUUCUGCACACUUUGUUAAACUUUACUGACAACUUUGAUAUAUAUCACCAUGAGAAGCUGGAGCGGAUCAGCAAGCAGCUUAUCCAUGCCAACAAGCUGCUGCAGGACAUCAGCGAGACCCGGUCCCGGUGUCUGAGUGAGCUGUCCCUGAGCAAGGAGUUCAUCAGCUGGGUCCGGGAGGCUCUUGGAGGCAUCAACGAGCUGAAGGUAUUUGUGGACCUGGCCUCUAUCUCCGCGGGGGAGAAUGACAUCGACGUGGACCGGGUGGCCUGUUUCCACGACGCCGUGCAGGGCUAUGCAUCGCUGCUAUAUAAGCUGGAUGUGAGUGCAGGAUUUGACGAGUUCAUGAUGCAUCUCGAAGAACUGUGGAAGGCCCUGGAGAAUGACCUGCACCUGCCCUAUAAACUGCGUGACUCUGCCAGGAACUUGGAGUGGCUGAAAACUGUGAAGGAAAGUCACGGGUCAGUAGAACUCUCUUCCCUGUCGUUGGCAACGGCCAUCAAUGACAAAGGCAUCUAUGAGAUCCGGGCCCCCAAGGAUGGCCAAAAGAUCUCCCCAGACACGGUUCUGCAGUUGCUCCUGCCCGAGAGCCAUGGAGGCCGUGAGGAGGUGCGAGUCUACUCUUUGGAAGACCUCAAGGAGCUUUUGAACAAAUUGAUGCUGAUGUCUGGCAAGAAAGAUCACAGCAACGUUCAAGUAGAGGUAUUUUCCAAGGUGUUCUGCAAUGUGCAGAGGCUUGUCCAAGCUUUCAUCAACCUUUACUGUGCUGGAAACAUGCUGUUCAGGGCCUGGCAUGCCAAGGUGUACUGCUCCCCCUGGCAAGGCGUCUCCGUUUGGAUGGACUUCGGCUUGGAGCCCAUAAGCCAGCUCAAGGGCAGUUGCCCAGUGGCCGAGCUGUUGGAGGCCAUCAGCAGGCAGAUGGAGCACUUCCUGGACCACUGGAAGGGCUUCGUGGCAGAGAAGCGGGCCAAGCACUUUUAUCUCAACUACUACACCGCCGAGCAGCUGGUGUACCUGAGCACAGAGCUCAAGAGACAGACGCCCAGCAACGCUGCUCUCACCAUGCUGUCCUUCAUCAAAGGCAACUGCACCCCGAAGGACGUCGCGAAGGCCCUCGAGGGGCCCGCCGGUGAGGCUGCCGGGCAGCACGAGAGCGCGGUGGUCGAGGGGCUGCAGCUGAUGCUCCUGCAUGAGUUGAGCCUGGAGGGCAAGCUGAGGGCCGUCAUGGAGCAGUCGAUGGUGUGCAUGAGCGCCUUCCUGCCUCACUGCCUGGACCUGGAGACCCUCGGCCGCUGUCUGGCCCUGCUGGGCUGGAUGAGCGGACGUCCUGUGGAGCGGCUCCUCCCCAACGGCCUGCAUGCCGGCCAGCCCAACCUCCUCGUCUGUGGCCACUCUGAGGUGCUGUCGGCUGCCCUGGCCAUCUACAUGCAAACCCCGCACCAGCCACUGCCCACCUUCGACGAGGUGCUGCUCUGUACCCCGGGAACCACGUUUGAGGAAGUGGCACUGCUCCUGCUCCGUUGCCUGACCCCAGGCUCCCGGGGACGGGGGGUCUACAGCCUGCUGUACGCGGACCUGCUGAGCUACGAGGUGGCCUGCCAGGUGGAGGCGCUCUUCCUGAGCCUGUGCUCGAAGCUGCACCAUGAGGACUUCCAGCUGGUGAUGAUCUGUGACUCCGAGCGGGAACAUUGCCACCUGCCCUCGGCCUUCAGCCAGUACAAGGUCCUCGUCACCCCCCAGGCGCCCCUCCAGGACAUCCGGGCCUACCUGGCUCGGCAUUUCCAGGUCCCCGAGCACACACCAUCGGCUGCCGACGUGUUCCGGGACCGGAUGUGCGUGGGGAUCGUGGCCUCCAAGCGAGCGGGCGUUGGAAAGUCUCUCUAUGUGGAGAGAUUACAUGGAAAACUGAAAAUGAAGCUUAGAGGCAAAAAAGUGCCCCUAAAGGUGAUCCGACUAAUCGACCCUCAGGUGGAUGAGAACCAGGUUCUGCACGCCCUCCUGCCUUUCCUGGAGGCUGACGGCCGGACGAGACCCACGAUCUUCCACUUCGAUGUGACCUCUUCAGUGCAGACUGGACUUUGGGUGUUCAUUUUCAAACUCCUCAUUCUCCGGUACCUAAUGGAUGUAAAUGGCAAAAUGUGGUUUCGGAACUCAUGCCAUUUAUACAUCAUUGAAAUCCUGGAAAGGGCUCCAGCGCUGCCCAAGAGGCCUUCAAGACGGGUUACACACACCCCCCACUUCAGUUUUCUCGAUGUCUUCCCAAAAGUCACCUGCCGGCCUCCCAAAGAAGUGAUAGACAUGGAGCUGAAUCCUAAAGAGAACUACAGCGAUCCAGGGAUGGAUCAGAGAGUGUUCUGCAGCGAGACUUUCCAGAGGCCUUACCAAUAUUUGAAACGGUUCCAUGAGAAACAAAACCUAGACACGUUUCGGUACCAGGAAGGCUCCGUGGAAGGCACCCCUGGGGAAUGCCUCCAGUAUUUCCUAAUUUACUGCGGGUUGAUAAAUCCAUCCUGGUCAGAGCUACGGAACUUUGCUGGGUUCUUGAAUUAUCAGCUUAGAGAUUGUGAGGCCUCCCUCUUCUGUAACCCAGACGUGAUUGGAGACACACUGCAAGGCUUCAAGAACUUUGUGGUCACCUUCAUGAUCUUCAUGGCAAGAGAUUUCGCCACACCGACACUUCAUACAUCCGAUCAAAGCCCAGGGAGGCACACCAUCACCAUGGACGGGGUCAGGGAAGAAGACCUAGCCCCUUUCACUCUCCGGAAGAGAUGGGAGUCAGAGCCUCACCCGUAUGUGUUCUUCAAUGGUGACCACACGUCCAUGACCUUCAUAGGCUUCCACAUCCAGCCCAAUGGGAGUGGCAGCCUUGACGCCGUCGAUAUCUCCGGUGGGAGGGUGAUCAAGAAAGACGUCAUGGGAAUGGAACUGUACCAGGGGCUGUUGCUCCAGAGGGUGCCCUUCAAUGUUGACUUUGAUAAGCUGCCCAGACAUGAGAAACUUGUAAAGCUCUGCCUGGCAUUGGGGAUCCAGUGGCCCAUGGACCCUGAUGAAACUUACGAGCUCACAAUGGACAAUAUGCUGAAGAUCCUUGCCAUUGAGAUGCGGUUCCGGUGUGGGAUCCCCGUCAUCAUCAUGGGAGAGACUGGCUGCGGGAAAACCAGGCUCAUUAAAUUCCUCAGCGACCUGCGACGCGGGGGUACCAAAGCUGAAACCAUGAAGCUGGUCAAGGUCCAUGGAGGAACCACUGCAGAGAUGAUCUACUCCAAAGUCCGGGAGGCAGAGAAACUUGCUCUCUUCAAUAAGGACCGACAUCAGCUGGACACCAUCUUGUUCUUCGAUGAAGCCAAUACAACCGAAGCCAUAAGCUGUAUCAAGGAAGUCCUGUGCGAUCGUACAGUGGGCGGCCAGCCCCUGGCCAAAGACUCGGGCCUGCAUAUCAUAGCGGCGUGCAACCCUUACCGGAAGCACUCACAGGGGAUGAUCUGCCGUUUGGAGUCGGCCGGUUUGGGGUACAGGGUCAAUGCCGAGGACACGGCGGAGAGGCUUGGCUCCAUCCCCCUGAGGCAGCUGGUGUACCGAGUGCAUGCUCUGCCACCCAGCCUGAUCCCACUGGUGUGGGAUUUCGGACAGCUGAAUAACACCGCCGAAAAGCUCUACAUCCAGCAGAUUGUGCAGAGGCUGGUGGACUCCAUCGGUGUAGAUGAAGACGAGACUCGCGUGAUCACAGAAGUGCUUUCUGCCUCUCAGGGUUUCAUGAGGACGACAGUAAACGAGUGCAGCUUUGUCAGCCUCAGGGACGUGGAGCGCUGUGUCCAAGUGUUCAAAUGGUUUUACAGCCACAGUAGGAUGCUCCUGUCAAAGCUGGAUUCCUUUCUCCAGGAGUCCCACGUCAGCAAAAACAACUUGGAGAGAGAUCCUGUCCUCUGGUCCCUGGUGCUAGCCCUCGGGGUGUGCUAUCAUGCCUCUUUAGAACAGAAGGAGUCAUACUGGAGAGACAUUUGCAGGCUCUUUCCAGAACCAUAUAAUGACAGCAAGGUUAUUCUGGAGGAGAUAACUCAAACACAGGGUCUUUUUCUAAAUGGUGUGUCUUUAAGGAAAACCAUUGCUAAGAACUCAGCUUUGAAGGAGAAUGUCUUCAUGAUGGUUAUCUGCAUUGAGCUGAAGAUUCCCCUCUUCCUGGUGGGGAAGCCCGGCAGCUCCAAAUCUCUUGCCAAGACCAUCGUGGCAGAUGCCAUGCAAGGCCCAGCAGCUCACUCGGACCUCUUCCGGAGCCUGAAGCAGGUCCAUCUGGUAUCAUUCCAGUGCAGCCCACACUCUACCCCCCAAGGCAUCAUAAGCACCUUCAGACAGUGUGCCCGCUUCCAGCAGGGGAAGGACCUACAGCAGUACGUCUCUGUGGUGGUGUUGGAUGAGGUUGGACUGGCAGAAGACUCGCCUAAAAUGCCCCUGAAGGCUCUGCACCCACUGUUGGAAUACGGAUGCAUUGAAGAUGAUCCUGCCCCCCACAAAAAGGUUGGCUUCAUAGGCAUUUCCAAUUGGGCCCUGGACCCUGCCAAGAUGAACCGGGGUAUUUUUGUGUCACGCGGCAGUCCCAACAAGAAAGAGCUCAUAGAGAGUGCUAAGGGGAUUUGCUCUUCAGAGCCCCUAGUUCAACAAAGAGUCCAAGGGUACUUUGCACCCUUUGCCAGAGCCUAUGAAACAGUGUGUCAGAAGCAAGACAAGGAAUUCUUUGGGCUUCGUGACUACUAUAGCCUAAUCAAAAUGGUCUUCGCCAAGGCAAAGGCUUCUGAUAGAGAGCCCUACCCACGAGAUAUUGCACAAGCUGUCCUUCGGAACUUCAGUGGCAAAGAUGACAUCCAUGCUCUGGACAUUUUUACAGCCAAUUUACCUGAGGCGAAGUGCUCAGAAGAAGUCAGCACCAUGCAGCUGAUCCAGCAGAACAUGUACAGUGACCUUCAGAAGGUGUCAGGCAAGGAGCUGGAUGACUCUGAGUCCCGCUACCUGCUUGUGCUGACCAGAAACUACUCGGCCCUGCAGGUCCUGCAGCAGACGUUCUUCAGGGAGCACCAGCAGCCAGAGAUCAUUUUCGGUUCCAGCUUUCCCAGGGACCAAGAGUACACCCAGGUCUGCAGAAAUAUCAACCGAGUGAAGAUCUGCAUGGAAACUGGCAAGAUGGUGGUGCUGCUCAACCUACAGAGCCUCUACGAGAGCCUCUACGAUGCGCUCAAUCAGUACUAUGUCUACCUCGGAGGCCAGAAGUAUGUGGACCUUGGUCUGGGGACCCAUCGGGUCAAAUGUCGGGUUCACCCAGACUUCCGCUUGAUAGUCAUUGAAGAGAAAGACGUUGUCUACAAACAUUUUCCCAUCCCUCUCAUUAACCGGCUGGAGAAACACUAUCUGGAUAUCAACACCGUUUUGGAGAAGUGGCAGAAAAAUAUCGUAGAAGAGCUCAAGAGCUGGGUGGAGAGAUUUGUAGAUGUGAAAGCAGAGCAGUUUGUAGCCAGACACAAAUACAGCCCUUCUGAAGUCUUCAUUGGCUACCACCCGGACGCGUGUGCCUCUGUGGUGCUCCAGGUCAGCAAGAGGCGGGGUCGCAGCCCCUUGACCGAGGAGCUGUACCAGGAGGUGUCCGAGGAGGCCAAGUUGCUGCUCCUGGGUUGUUCCACGCCGGACGCGGUGGUUCGGCUGGGUGCCACCUCCCUGGGCCUGUUUGCCGUGCAGUCCCUGUCGCAGGAAUACUACCACAGACAGCAGCAUGACUCCUUUGCAGACUUCUUCCAGGCUCAGCUUCGCACCGUGGAUCUGGAACGCCGUGUUGUCUUCACAGAGAUCACCACUUUCUCCAGACUGCUGACCGGCCGUGACUGUGAAAGUUUGGAAUUAGAAGUAAUGGAUGGAGCUCUGAGGCCCACGGUCCUGUCUCUGCAGCAGUUUGACACCGAGAGCUCAUUCCUCAGAGAAGUCCAAAAAUGCUUAACUAACGUAGCCAGAUGUAAAAUCCUUAUUAUUCAAACGGAUUUUGAAGAUGGAGUCCGUAGUGCUCAGCUCAUCGCUUCGGCUAAGUAUUCUGUCAUAAAUGAAAUCAACAAGAUGCAAGGCAAUAAGGAUUGCAUCUUGGUCUAUUUUAUCGCAAAACUGUCCCGGAUGGGAAGUGGAGCAUCCUACGUGGGAUUCCAUGGAGGGCUGUGGCAGUCUGUGCACAUUGACGAUCUCCGGAAGUCCACGGUCAUGGUUUCAGAUGUGACUAAGUUUCAGGAUGUGGCCAUCAGCCAGCUCUUUAAGCCAGAAGAGAACCCUGAGUCGGAGACAGGACGCGGGGCCGGAGACGGCCGGGAGGAGGCAGAGGAAACCCAGGCUGCAGGGUCAGGGGAGGCGGCAGAGGCGGGCUUGGGAACAGAAGGCUCUGAGCUGUUGGGCAGCGGAUGCGCUGAGCGAGGCAGGAGUAAUAUCGUGGACACCACCAGCCUGCUGCAGAGCUGCAUACAGGGUGCCGUGGGCAUGCUCAGGGACCAGGAGGGCCGCCCGCGCGGCAUGCGGAGAGUGGAGAUUCUUCUCGGCCUCUUGAAUGAGGAUGACGCGGAGAAAGCCGCUUUCCUGCGGGUGUGCAAGGCGCGCCUCUGUGCUCUCCUCGAGCAGCAGGAGGAGAACGGCUUCUUCAACGUGAAGGUGUGGGUGUCGAGGGAAGCUUUGAAUCAGGACGCUCUCCAGGAGGCAGGCACAUUCAGGCAGACCCUCUGGAAGCGGGUCCAGGGUGUGGUGACCCCUCUCCUGGCGAGCAUGGUAUCUGUCCUGGACAGAGACAGCAACCUCGAGCUACUGAUCAGGCCAGACUCUCCAUCCUGGACAAGAGAUCUUUGGAUGUUUAUUUUCCGGGACAUGAAGCUUCUGAACAUUCCUCUUGUGAUAAACGAUACGAGACCUAAAAGUGAGGUGCCCUACAUCACGGUGCAGAACUCCGUGAGCCCUCCCGAGGACGUGUCUGGUGACGUCCCGUUUAGCUGGAGAAUCAAGGACUAUCUGGAGGAACUGUGGGUCCAGGCUCAGUUCGUCACUGGAGCUGAAGGAAUGUCGAAGAAUUUAGUGGAAAUCUUUCGGCAGACCCCCCUGGGCAGGUUUCUUGCUCAGCUCAGUGUAGAAUGGCAGCGAGAACUGUUUAUGUGCUACAUUAAAGACUUUCUCCUCUUGACGAUGAGAGUGUCCACGUGGGAAGAACUGAAGGUUUUGCAGGUGGCACUGGGGUCCUGCAUCAAUCAAGUGCAGGCAGGGAGGCCAGAGGAAGAUGUCUCCUUACCGUGGGUGCACCUCGCUUAUCAGCACUUCAGGGGCCGGCUGCAGAACUUGUCCAGAAUCUUGACUGUCUACCCCCAGAUUCUACAAGUGCUAUUUUACAACAUAACAGAAGGCCCAUGGAACACCAGAUUGGACGGACAUGAGCUGAUCCUGGAUGCCCUGGCAGCAGUGGCCUGCACGGAGGUGCUGACGAGGGACAUCCUGCAGCCCAGCCCUCAGGCGUGGCUGCAGAUGGUGAAGAAUCUGUCCAUGCCUCUGGAGCUCCUGGGCUCUGACGGGUACCUGCCAAGCUGCGGGAGGGUGGCCAGAGAUGUCAUCAGGGAAGUCAGAACCCAUUGGAACCGCAUUUUCCCCGUGGCCCUUUUUGUGGAACACGUGCUCCUGGGGGUCGAGAGCCAGAUUCCUGAGCUGCAGGCGCUGGUGACUGAGUAUGUCUUCCUGCUGAACAAGUGUCUGCAGGACGACUCUGACAUCAAGACAUACAGGCCUUUCGUCGCAGUGAUGAGCACUCUACGUAAGUGCAAGGACCAGGCCAGCAAGACCCUCGCCAGGGUUGAGAUUGAGCCGUGCCCUGUCUGCCUGGGAGAUGCCCAGGAUCCGGUCUGCCUGCCCUGUGACCAUGUGUUCUGCUUGAGCUGCAUCAAGGUCUGGCUCACCCUAGGGCAGAUGAGAUGCCCCUUUUGCUUAACAGACUUGCCAGAAGACUACUCUCUAACCGUGUCCCAGGAACACAGGGAGGCCAUCAAGAAACACGCCUGCGUCCGGCAGCUGUGCAACAGUUUCUUCCUGGACCUGGUCUCCACCGUGUGCUUCAAAGAUAAUUCUCCACCACAGAAGGAGGUGAUCGAUGUUCUGCUAAAUUUACUCUUUGUGCAAAAGGAGCUUUUAAGAGACACUUCCCAAAGACACCGUGAACACACCAAAUCCCUCUCUCCGUUCGAUGACGUUGUGGAUAAGACCCCUGUCAUCCGCUCGGUGGUCCUGAAACUUCUGUUGAAGUACAGCUUCCAGGAAGUAAAAGAUUAUAUCCAGGCUUACUUGUCCCUGUUGGAGGAGAAGGCCCUGGUAACUGAAGAUAAAACCGAGCUGUACAUCCUCUUCAGCAGCUGCCUGGAGGAUUCACUGUACAAGAAGACUAGUGCUCUGUCUACCAGCGAGGAGCUGACGUACCUGAGGGAGGAAGGGGUCUUCCUGAGGACCUACUUGGGGCGGCGCAGCUCGGAGCCGGCCAGCGAGGCAUCGGUGGAGUACCUGCAGGAGAUGGCCAGGAUCCGCCUGUGUCUCAACAGGGCUUCUGACUUCCUCGGCGAGCUUCAGGAGGGCUCUGCAGAACUGGUCAGGGAGAAGCAGGGCUACCUGCAGCAGGUGGAGCGCUUCUGCAGGCAAGGGAGGAACGACUGGUACCGAGUGUACCUGGUGAGGAAGCUCGCCAGCCAGCGAGGGAUGGAGUUUGUGCAGCGUCUCUGCAGACAGGGCCAGCCGGCGCAGUGGGUGCUCCCCCAGGAGGCUGUGGUGCAGCAGGAGGAUCAUCCAAGCCAGAUGGACCCAUACCUGGUGCAUGGUGAUGAAUAUAAGGCUGUUCGUGAUGCAGUGGGCAAAGCUGUCCUUGAGUGCAAGUCCCUGGCUACUGUGGCUGGUCCAAAGGUCUGUAGGAACCCCGGCCCUCGGCAGGCGGCCCACUUACUGUUAGCGCUGUUCAGAGAGGUUGCCACUUUGUACCGAUUGCAAGACACAAACCUCCAUCCUAAGCCAGAGCAAUGUGAGGCUCUGAACAAGUUCAUCGAGGAAAGCAAGGUCCUGUCUUCUCCAGACAUGAGACAUUUUGCAACAUCCCUUGUGACCAACACGCUGCCCCUGCUGAGGAUGGGUGCCGGGGACAGCAGCCUCGAGGGCACAGUGGCAGAACUGGCUAUUCACGCUGCGAUUGUCCUCCUGUGUGGGCACAGCGAAGUCUUGGAACCCCUGCAGAAUCUGGCCUUCUCCCCGGCCGACAUGGUGAGUGCUUAUCUUCCAGCGAUGCCCGAAGACUUGCUGGCUCAAGCUCGGAACUGGAAGGGUCUGGAAGGAGUCCACUGGUACAUAUGUCCCAAUGGUCACCCGUGCUCUGUGGGAGAGUGUGGCAGGCCAAUGGAACAGAGCCAUUGUGUUGACUGCGGUGCCCUAAUUGGAGGGAUUAAUCACAGACCUGAGACUGGAUUUCAGGUUAUCACUAACGACAGAGACAGAACGCAGACUGGCCACGUGCUGGGAGCCCCACUGUCCAGAGGUGAAGCGGUGGUGGUCUCUGACCGAAAGCUGUCCCCAGUGGUCUUCCUGCUCAUCCGGUUGCUCACUCACCUGGCCCUGCUCCUGGGAGCCGCCCAGAGUCCUCAGGCUCUCAGGCACAUCAUCAAGCCUCUGGUGCAGGAUCCCAGAGGCUUUCUGCAGGAGCACAUCCACAGUGACCUGCAGCAGCUGAUGAAGACGCUGGGGAAGAGUGCCGACGAGACCACCACUGUGGUGCACCUCGUGCUGUGCAGCCUCCUCCGAGGGCAGGACCACCCUUCCCGCUGGAGGUCUUUUGGUUUCGAUGCAAGACUGUCGACCAGAGAGCAGAGAAAUAGCUGGGAGAAGGCUAUGCAGACCCUCAUUCUCCCUGAGUUGGAGCAUCUGGAGAAAGCCCUGCUGACAGUGACAACCCUCAUCAGCCAAGAUGAGCGGAUCAGCUCCAACCCUGUGGCCAGAAUCGUGUACGGGGACCCGACGGCCUUCCUGCAUCAGCUGCCCCAGAAGAGUGUGGUCCACUGCUCUAAGAUGUGGACCUGCAGGAGGAGGGUCACCGUGGAGUACCUCCAGCACGUGGUAGAGCAGAAGAAUGGGCAGGAAGCCGUGCCCAUCCUCUGGAAGUUCCUGCAGAAGGAGGCAGAGCUGAGACUCGUGAGAUUCUUGCCUGAGAUUUUGGCUCUGCAGAGGGAUCUCGUGAAGCGGUUCCAGAACGUUUCAGAAGCUGAAUACCAAUCCAUCAGCUCUUUCAUGAGCAGCCACCACGAAGACGGGUUGAAGCAGUUACUCCACAGAAGAGUUGGUAUUUUUCUGUCGACAUGGAAUAAGCUGAGGAGGUCACUUCAGACCAAUGGUGAAGUCAAGCUGCCGGAAGACUACUGCGCUGCCGACCUGGACAUGGACACUGAUUUCGAGGUCCUGCUGCCUCGUCGCCGUGGCCAGGGCCUCUGUUCCACCGCCUUAGUCAGCUACUUGAUCAGCCUGCACAAUGAAAUAGUCUGCACCGUGGAGAAGUUCUCCAGCGGAGGCAGCAGCUAUUCCGUCGAUGCCUCCGAGAUCACAGACCUGCACGUUGUCAGUUACGAGGCCGAGCGGGACCUGAUGCCGCUGAUUCUUUCCAACUGCCAGUAUCAGGUGGAGCAAGACCAGGAGGCCCUGCAGGAGUUCGACCUGGAGAAGAUCCAGCGCCAGGUCACCAGCCGCUUCCUGCACGGCAAACCCAGGCUCACCCUCAAGGGAAUACCCACUCUGGUGUACAGACGGGACUGGAACUAUGAACAUCUCUUUACGGACAUCAGGAACAAACUGCCACAGAAACCCCUCCCCAACACAGCCAUCAGCGCCAUUUGCGGGCAGCUGCUGUCCUUCACCGAUGCGUGCGAAGCUCUGUCCGUCAUCGAAGUCACUCUGGGGUUUCUGAGCACGGCCGGCGGCGAUCCGAACAUGUCCUUGAACGUGUACGUCCAAGACAUGCUGCGCAUGGGCGACCAGACAGCCCUGGUUCUAACGGUCUUCAGCAGAUGCCAGCUGAAGCACACAAUUGCCCUCUGGCAACUCCUGUCGGCCCACAGGUCAGAACAGCUGCUCCGACUGCGUAAGGAGCCCUUCAGGGAUAUCAGUGCCCAGUACAAAGUAGAUCUCAGCUCAGAAGAUGCUAAGUGCCUCAGCGCUUUCCUGAAUCAGACGGACCUUGACUCCUUCCUCCUGGAGCUUCAUGAAAUGAUGAUCUUGAAACUGAAGAGCCCCCAGGCCAAGGACAUCUUCAAACCUGAGUGGACCCUGAGAGACACUCUGGCAAGUUACAUGGAAACCAAAAACAGUGAAAUUCUUCCUGAACUGGAAUUCCAGUUCCCAGAGAAGAUACUGUUGUGCAAUUGUGUCCCCGUGUGGAGCCUGGCUGCUGAGCUGAAGCGGGGUCGGCAAGGGAGGUAGAGUCUGCUCUGCCCGCCUCAGCCACCGCCCCAGCUGGGGCUUCCUGGGGGGCUGCAGGACCCCCGUGUGCUGUGCCACGGACAGCCGGGAGUGCCACGCGGCUUCAGGAGAUGUGCACGUUCCACAUCUUUCUCGUCAGAUUGUGAGUGCUGUCCAGGGGGAGGGGAUAACUGGAGACGCCGUGAAACCAGAACCAACCACCUUUCCAUUCCCGGGGGGACCAAACACGUGCUCCUCAGCUUCCCAUGACAGCGGUGGACGGUGCCUUCAGCUCGCCAGCUGGAGACUGGCACGCACUCACCCUGGCCCCUCUCUCCAGAACGAGGGAGGGGAAACGGGGCUAUUGAUUUUGCUUCUGCUUUCCUUCUCAUUUAUUCUGCACUCGUAGAGGAGAA